GGCGGAAGUGCUGCUGGACAUGGCAGUUCCUCAAGUCCAACUGGGUACCCUCUGGGCUGGUUUUGAUAAUGUUGUCGAAAGUGUCAGCAAACUACCCCAAGAUUUGUUUGCAGAGGUGACGUCUCUGGAAUUGUUUGCCUUACGAAUUCCCUCAAAAGAGAAGGCUCUUUUCUGGAUCUGAACCAGCUGCUACUUGAAGUGCCAACAGAUUAUGUUAUACCUACAAUGCAAAAUCCCUGGUGUGAAUACACUUGAACUGGUUGAAAGACUUCAAGCUGCUGGUGUUGAACUGGAUUUUGAAGCUACCAAGGAGUUAGUUCAUGUUAUCUCCUUGUUUUUCAGGACAGCCGCACAGAAUAACAUGUCCACUGAAGAACUCAUUGCAAAGCUAGCAGAUAGCAACAGUAAGUGGUCAAAGCAAAUGCUUCAAGUUAUUCGGCAUGUGUGGACUGAACAGGGCAAACUAAUUACAACACCGGAAGAUGCCAAGCACAUGCUCACUGUGGGACAGCUUGUGGAUUUGAAAUGGAAACUGGGAAUGGCAGUCAGUUCUGAUAGCUGCAGAUCCCUCAACCACCCCUACGUGACCAUGAUGCUGAAAGUAGCCAACCCCUCGGGAGAGAUCAUCAGCAGAUCAUUCGAAAUGACCAUUCCACAAUUUCAGAAUUUUUCGAAGCAAUUCCGGGAAGUGGCGACUGUCCUUGAAAUGGUGUGAGGCCUACAUCUGGUCCGAAUCCCUCAAUAAUCCUAGAUUUCCAUCAGGCUCCGAAGCAGAGGAAGAGACAGUCCCUCAAGUGGAAAGAACUGCAUUCUGUUUUGAUAUACAUAUUUGAAAAAUGUAAAUUUUCCCCUAAUUAUUUUUUGAUUGACUAUUAAUAAAUGCCCUACUGUUGUUGUGAAGUGGAGAUACUGUGGCCAGAGGAGGAUGAAACACUGCCAUGUGUUGCAUGGAAAAAUUUAAGUGGAGACCUCGCUUUACAAAGGUGGGCCAGGGGUUAUAUUUUAAAAAUAAAAUUCUGCAAGGCACUGUUACAGCAGAUCAUGAAAAAUGAGUGAGUUCUGUUUGUAGAAAAGAUGUCAGCAAGCCACCAGUGUGUGAAGUGGCUGUGUAGCUUUAGAUUAGAUUCCCUACAGUGUGGAAAUAGGCCCUACGGCCCAACAAGUUUACACUGCCCCUUGAAGCAUCCCACCCAGACCCAUCCCCUAUAACCCACACAUACCUGAACACUAUGGGCAAUUUAGCAUGGCCGAUCCACCUAGCCUGCACGUCUUUGGAGUGCGGGAGGAAACCGGAGCAAACCCACACAGACACAGGCUGAAUGUACAGACUCCACACAGACAGUCACCCAAAGUUGGAAUUGAACCCGGGUCCCUGGUGCUAUGAGGCUGCAGUGCUAACCACUGAGCCACCGUGCCAUGUUUAACCUCUGAAAUGAAAUUGAAUCUGCCUCAUCUUGGAUGAGUAUCUCCAUUGCGCCAGCCCUCAGUCUCCAAUGAAAUGAGUCUGGUUGGGAGUUGGUUCACCGCAUACAACCAGGGCUGACUGUGGCUGCGGCAUAGAUUAAGUUGGCACUAAGUAGUUUGGAAAAUAAUCAGAUUGUGUUUUGUUCUUUGUUCCUUUUUGAGAUUGAAAAUUUAAAGGGGUGGUAGGGUGGGAUUUGGUUGUCCAUAACACACCCUGUGUCAGAAGGCUGAGUAGCCUUGCAAUGUCUGAAUUCCCACAGUAAACCAUGCAUGCCCAAUGGUUAGUGUUGGGGUCACUUUUGGAAAAGUAGCAAUGGUGAAUACUGUUGUGAUCACUGUCACACACACACACACACCUCUCACCCUAAGCCCCUGCAAAUAGGUUGAAAACUGUUGAGUUGCCACAAGUCUACUGACAAAAAUAAACUUGUGUUUUAUGUGGCACCUUUUCAAUGUUGUAGAAUAGCCCAAGGUGCCCCACAAGCAAAUAAUCAGCCCAAAAAAAACUAACACCAAGCCACACAAAGGGAUGUUAAAAUCUUGUCUUUGAGAUGUGGAAGGAGGAAGAAAAAUCUUUAGAUUCACCUCUUCCACGCACCAUCUUGUUUCCCAUCUCAACACUGUGAUAGAUUUACAGGAAUUUAUUAGAAAGUUGUCAUGUUUCCAGUGUAGAAGUCAGCCUUUCGUCGUGGUAUAACAAUACUUUUGCUCUCUAUCCCUGGCAUGUGGCCAUGUCCUUUGGUUUAAACAUUCCUGAACUAGUAUCAUAGUGAAGGAAGAGGCCAUUCAGUCCAUUGCAUCUGCACUGACUGGUUCAAGUCCCACCUGCUCCAGAGUUGUAUAAUAAUAGGUCUGAACAAGUUGAUUGGGGAAAAAUAGGUCAGUGACCUAAUUAGUUCAGUACUUUUGCAGCUUGUACCCUGGCCUUCAGACAUUUUCUAAUUAACUUAUUCAGAGAUCUUAUUACAGCUCUCUGGAGCAAGUGAGAUAUGAACCUGAGACUCCUGGUCAGAGGUAGGGAACAUUAUAUUUUAAAUGGAAUUGAUUGUUUUAUCAUAGUAGAGCACAGUAAUUCCUGGAUUCCAGAAAAAUGUUGGUGUGAACCAUUUAGAUGCUUUUUUUUUGCUUAAGUUCUUUCUAUAGUUUGCUGAGUCCAGCAAGUUUGUCUCCAACUUUAAAUAUCUCACAAAGAUAGGGUUAAGUCUGAAAUGUCAACAAUGUUACUCCUAUACACGCUGUUUCAGCUAACCACAUCUGUAUAAUCUUUAGUAUUCUGCUCUCCCUCAAGUAUUUACCUUGAGUUGAUGCUGCAGAGCUCCAAUCCCUCAUCUUAAUGAUGCUUAUUAACAAAGAAAACAUGGAAUGAGAACUUCAUAUUAAAUGGAUGAGUCAUGUAUA